UGAGACUCCCGGGCCCUUUACUUCGCAUAUCUGUCGUUUCUCUUAGGAAAACGGACGUCAAGCCGGAAAGGAAUGGCGGUAGCCGCUCUAAAAAGACUUUGGUGGCGAAGCCGUGGGGAAGCAGGGGACUCGGCAGCAGCGAAGCCAGGCGUGUGGGCGAGGUUGGGUGCCUGGGCUCGCGCAUUGCUCCGGGACUACGCGGAGGCUUGCAGGGAUGCGGCGGCGGCGGCGCGGGCCAGGCCCGGCAGUGCCGCAUUGUACAUAGGCUUGCUGGGCGGUGCGGCUACCUGCUGCGCUCUGGCGCCCAGCGAGCAGGCCUUCGAGGAGGCGCUGCUCGACGCGUCGGGGACCCUGCUGCUGCUGGCGCCCUCCACGCGAAACCGCGACUCCGAAGCGUACGUGCAGCAGCUGCUCUGGCUGCGGGGCCUCGGGCGACUGCGACACGUGAAUCUAGGCCUCUGCUCAUUGGUGUACGAGGCUCCCUACGACGCCCAGGCCAGCCUUUACCAGGCCCGCUGCCGCUACCUGCAGCCCCGUUGGGCGGAGUUCCCAGACCGGAUCUUGGACGUGGGCUUCUUGGGCCGCUGGUGGGUGCUGGGGGCUCGGAUGCGCGAUUGCGACAUCAACGACGAUGAGUUCCUUCACCUGCCAGCACAUUUGCGUGUUGUCGGGGCCCAUCAGCUGCAUUCGGAAGCCAAUGAGCGGCUCUUUGAUGAGAAGUAUCAGCCCAUCGUGCUCACCGAUGAUCAGGUGGAUCAGGCGCUAUGGGAGGAGCAGGUCUUGCAGAAGGAAAAGAAGGACAAGCUGGCCCUGAGCCAGGCCGAGUCUCUGAUGGGAAGGGCCCGAGAUGAAACCCAGUGAGGCCUGGAUCCGGACCCAGCCCCCAGCCCUGGCAGACUAUAUGCCCGGAACUUGUACAGUUGGUGUGAGUGAGCCUCAAGUGUAGUGAAUGAAAUAAAUUAUAUGCGGCGUGUUCUCGCUGGGUUUUCACAAAAUCGGGGAGCCUUCUUCCUCUCACAUUUUUCCUAACGCUGAAGCUAACUCAGCCUUUUUGGUUCACAGGCCGGCGCUCAAUCCACUGAGCCACACCAGCCAGGGUUUAAUUUAGAGCCUUUUUGGUCUAGGAGUUGGGGAGAGGAGAAGCGACAAGACCAUAUAAUGUUAAUCACUGCCAGAGUUAGUAAUGGGCUUUAUAUGUAAGUAAGCUUUUUUUAUUGGGCCUUGUGGCCCCCCUGACUGAGGCAUUAGUUCUGACACGUAACUCCCAGGCUCUUCUAAAACCAUUCAGAUUUUUGCUUUAAAUUUUAAGCUGCAAUGUUUAUACUCUAAUUCUCAUGAGUGGCAUUUUUAUUUUAAUUUACUUUGAAAUAAUUGCAGUACCAGAGUAAACUGGAAAAAUAAUACAGGGCACCCUUUGUAUCCUUUGUCCAGUUUCCCCUAAAUGGUAACAUUUUUUAUAAGCAGUACCAAACUAGAGAUUGACAUUGGUAUGGCUUUGGAUUUUACAGAGAAACUUUGCAGAACAACCUCCUUUUACCAUUUGUGUAUUAAUAGUGACGUUAAAGUGAGUUGGAAUAAUAAAACAUUUUCUGAUCUUGAAAUCUAUAUGGAAUCACACAUUCUGGUUAUGUUAUACUUCAGAAACCUUUAAAACACAGAAUCCUAUGGAAAGGAACAUGUUAACUGACAGCUAGGUUAUGGUAAUAAUACAUUAAAAACUGAAUGUACACCCUGGCUGGUGUAGCUCAGUGGAUUGAGUGCAGGCCUGCGAACCACACAAUUGCAGUUCGAUUCCCGGUCAGGGCACAUGCCUGGGUUGCAGGCCAGUUCCCGGCAGGGGACUCACAAGAGGCAACUAUACAUUGAUAUUUCUCUCCUUCCCUUCUCUAAACAUAAAUAAAUAAAAUCUUAAAAAAAAA